AUGAGAGAAGAAAUUGCAACGACAGUUUUCUUUGUGACAAGAUUGGUGAGAAAACAUGAUAAAUUGAGUAAACAACAAAUAGAAAACUUUGCAGAAAAGCUGAUGACCAUCUUGUUUGAAACCUACAGAAGCCACUGGCACUCUGACUGCCCUUCCAAAGGGCAGGCCUUCAGGUGUAUCAGGAUAAACAAUAAUCAGAAUAAAGAUCCUAUUCUACAGAGGGCUUGUGCUGAAAGUAAUGUGGAUUUUUCUCACCUGGGACUUCCAAGGGAGAUGACCAUAUGGGUAGAUCCCUUUGAAGUUUGCUGUAGGUAUGGGGAGAAAAAUCGUCCAUUCACAGUUGCUUCCUUCAAGGGCAGAUGGGAGAAGUGGGAGCUCUCCCGACAAAUCCACGACGCUGUCCACAGAGCCUCACUAGACUGCUCCUCUGGCACUUCCUCCGACGAGGAAAGUGACAGAGAGCCUCAGAUAAUCCCCAAAGUCAGCAAUCCAAAGAGUAUUUAUCAGGUUGAAAACUUGAAACAGCCCUUUCGAUCUUGGUUCCAAAUCCCCCACAAAAAGAACAUGGUGGAUGGCCAUCUGGGCCUCCUAGGAAAUGCUUGCCAUGUGUUGCGUAAGAACCCCAAGGCCCACAAGUCUGUUUCCCUGUGCCGGGUGGACAGGUACCACUGGGUCAACACAAAUCGGUAA